GCGCACUGGCGAAGCGGCAAAGACAGACGGACAAGAGAAAAACCAGAAUAUAUCAAGUGAGUUUAUGUGAAGAAUGUCUCAUUUGUUUUUCUCGACUAAAUUGCUAUUUGUAGUAGAGUCACAUUCACUUCUGUGUGUCACACGAGCUGGUCGCCGGGUUUUGUUUCCGGUUAACGUUAGCUAACAAGAACUAACUUCGCCGCCGUUAGCUCCGGUGUGUUAGCCGAGUCAGUUGCGUCCGUGUGUCGGCGGCCGGGGCAUGGUCCGAGUUCAGCUCGUCUGCUCUCCACAGCGGCUCCAGUGUCCAGCGGCUGAGCCCCCGGAGGCGGAGAAGCGCCACAUGGAGACGCUGCUGAAAAACGUGUCGAGCACUGCGGAGCUGCUGGCGGUGUCGGCGCGGAGCGGCGCGCUGGAGCAGUGGGACGGACACGCCCUGUCCAGAGCGUUUCACUGGGCCAGGUAUGGCGAACACCUCUUCCGCAGGUUCCACAGUGACCCCGCGGUGAGGACAGCCAUGGAGAAGCAGCUCCAGCUCACGAAUCAAAGUUUGCGCGCUGCCCUCCCCGGCUACACCGACGUCUCCUUCUGCGACCUCUCCCGGUGCCAGCACCUGUUGCUCGUUGGGCUUUUGAACAACCCCGAGCUGCCCGUCUCCAUCAUGAGAAUACUGUUUGGCAGCGGGAGUCCCGCAGACACCGAGCACAGUGAGUAUGUGGACGUCACCGGCCUCUGCAGCCACAUCAUCCAGUGCAAGUCUGCGUGUAAAGUCCUGAGUCCCCUCGCCGACUCGUCGGCUGUUGGUGCUGAUGCUGAGGUGCAGGGGGCGAUGCUGAUGGAGAGGCUGGGGGCUUUGAUGGGCCGAGGCAGGGAAGCCCGCCGGGCGGAGCACUUUCUAGACUCUCUCCUGCAGGGAUGUGAUGGAGCAUCAGAACAUUUCUGUCUGGUCAUCGCUGCAGCUCUGCUGACGGCGAAAAACUCGGCAGCAGAAGGGGCCGCGCAGGAUGUUCUGCAGGACUGGCUGCAGAAAACCCCCGGCGUGCUAAAACUCACGUGCUCUGCACUGUCUGCCUCACUUCUCGCGGGCCUGGCCAAAGAACACCGGAAAUUCAGAGAGGCGUACUGCGGUGUUUUGAAAACGUGGGCCUCUGACAUGGAGUACAGCGUACACGAGGGUGAAUGGGUUCAAACCAGCACAAAAACGUGCAUGGUGACCUUUCAGAAACUGACUGAGCACUUCCUGGCCUUGUUUGAGAAGUGUCCUCCUCAGAGGGACGAUGUGGAAAGAGAGCUCAACGCUUUGAAGCUUUCUGAUGGAGACUUUGACGUCAGAGGUCUGAGUGUGUGGGGGGACCUCCUCUCAGCAUUAAACACAUAACUGUCUGUCGUCUCUUUACAGCUGUAGAAAAAAAUGGCCUAAAUGUAGAUGUUUAUUUAUGUCCUGGUGUGGUGUUUUAUUAGGGCCGGGUAUUAAACCUCAGUGUCAAUAGCACUGAUUAUUGGAAGCUGCUAUCAAAAACUUGCUUGUUCUUUAUUUCUGAUCAGACCGUUGCCAUCAUAAUUUUGUCGUGAUGUUCCGAAAGCCACUUUUUCCUUCCCAAUUCCAGUACGUGGACUUUGAGUACCGAACUGACAUCUGUGCAUUAAGAAAAAUAACAACUUAUAUCACAUAUUUUAACAUCUGUAUGCUAUUAACCAUGUAUGGAAGUGAUGAUUGCUCUCAUUGUUGUUUGACCUGGCUCCGGUUAAAACCUUUGGAAAAACAGAUACAUCCAGAGAAUGAAUGCCAUAGAAUUUCUUUUAUUAUCUAGUUUUACUGUCCUAGCUGAAAAAGAUCACAAGUAUAGUACAGUAACGGUAUAAAACUAUAUAAAUCUAGGGAUAAAUAACAAUUUAAAAACCUAACAUGCUACUUUAGAUUAUAAAAAAUUCUUUGUCUUUGACAGUAACAGUAUAAAACAGCAAUUUGGUACAAUAUUGUCAUCAUGCUGACAUUUUUGCUACCUCUGGCUUAUGUUACACUACUGGAAAUCACCUCUUUGCCACUCUGUAAACAAUACUUGCCAUGUCAGUACAGCGCAACUAUUGUCUUGGAGUGCUUCAGAGUCAAAACCAGUUGCAGCUAUAUUCUCUCAGUGUAACCACUUUAAAGACGCAGUAUCGUACCGGUACAUAGAUUUGCGUUCUUGCCGAUCCCCAAUCAGUCAUUUGAGGCAGUAUUGGAGGCUUCGCAGAUACUGGCGCAUCUCUAUAAUUUUGUCAGUUUGAGUUACAAUGUCUAAGGCAAAGAGUCUUGUUUUUGGAUUGAAAAAAUAUUUUUUGAAAAAAAUAAUGUUUAUAUUCCAACAGAAGGCUGCAGAAAUUUUGGUAACAGUACUUACUCUCUGAUGUCAUCAGCAUCUCUACUGAAUAUAUCAAAUGGUAUCGAUCACCAUGUUAUAUGACCUGGGGGGGUUUUUCACAGGCAGUUUCUGUUCAAGGUAAAUUCUAUCGGCGGCUUUUUUAAACUUGUUGAAAUAUAAUUUUAAACAGACUAACAGAAACAUAAACACAACAUAUUAGCAAAAAAAUACAGUAUGGGGAAAAAAAUCUUGUGGGCCUCAAAGUACAUUGCAUUAUUUCUCAGUGGAAAUUCUUUUAUGAAAUUUUAUAAUCAAGUCUUUUAGUCAAUACAAUUGGAGAUUUGUUAAAUUUGAGUGUUUGUACAGAUGGUAGCAUCCCAUGCUGCCUUGUAAUCAGCAGCAGCACGUGGCCUGACUGAAUAAAAUUGAGAGUAAUUGUCA